UCUAUAAUCCAACUGCAUGCAUCUCAGCCACCCACCCUUGUUUUCUCUCAAACUUAUUAAGCCAAAAACCCGUCUAUGUUCAUAAACUAAUCACUCGUUUAUCAAAACUUUCAAAACUAAUUUCACAUUAUAUAUAUACACCCAAAUUGUUGAUAUUUUUCAGAGUCCUAAGCUCUUGUCAUUUUUCAAAAGGUGACAUUAUUCUAAUCAAACAUCUAUACCAGUGUUAUAGUGAGCUUGUAGCAUGGCGGUUGAAAGGUCUGGAAUUGCAAAAGAUGUUACAGAAUUGAUUGGAAAAACCCCUUUGGUAUAUCUGAACAGAAUCGCGGAUGGUUCUGUUGCUCGAGUUGCCGCGAAACUUGAAUUGAUGGAGCCAUGCUCCAGUGUGAAAGACAGGAUUGGCUAUAGUAUGAUUACUGAUGCAGAGGAGAAGGGGCUCAUUACGCCUGGCCAGAGUGUCCUCAUUGAGGCAACGAGCGGUAACACAGGCAUUGGAUUGGCCUUCCUAGCAGCAGCAAAAGGCUACAAGCUUAUUAUUACAAUGCCUACUACAAUGAGUCUUGAAAGAAGAACCAUUCUUCUAUCUUUUGGGGCUGAGUUGGUUUUAACAGAUCCUGCAAAGGGAAUGAAAGGGGCAGUUCAGAAAGCGGAAGAGAUAUUGGCCAAGACUCCAAAUGCAUAUAUCCUUCAACAAUUUGACAACCCUGCGAAUCCAAAGGUGCAUUAUGAAACCACUGGCCCAGAGAUAUGGAAAGGCACAGGAGAGAAAGUUGAUGCACUUGUUAGUGGUAUAGGUACUGGUGGUACCAUAACAGGUGCUGGGAAAUACCUUAAAGAGCAGAACCCCAACAUCAAGCUGUAUGGCGUGGAACCAGUUGAAAGUCCUGUACUGUCUGGAGGAAAGCCUGGUCCACACAAGAUUCAAGGGAUUGGCGCUGGUUUUGUUCCCGGGGUAUUGGAUGUUAGUCUUCUUGAUGAAGUAGUUCAAAUAUCAAGCGAUGAAGCUAUAGAAACUGCAAAGGCUCUUGCUCUUAAAGAAGGCCUAUUUGUUGGAAUAUCAUCUGGAGCUGCGGCUGCAGCUGCCAUUAAGAUUGCAAAAAGACCAGAAAAUGCUGGAAAGCUUAUUGUUGUUGUUUUCCCUAGCUUUGGUGAGAGGUAUCUAUCCUCUGUGCUGUUCGAGUCGGUGAGAAGGAAAGCUGAAAGCCUCACAUUUGAACCAUGAAUUUUAGUUGAAGGAUGUAAUCUAAAUCUGUUAUGAUUUCAAGUGAUGGAUUUUCACUGGCAAAGCCGGGUUGAGUUUCUGAUUUAGAAUUACUUUAAAGAGAAGAAUAAUUGUUACUUUUACAAAAGACUCUUGUAUUUAAUCUGUAUUCAACAUCUACAAGAACUAGUUUUCUAUUAAACUCAAGUUUCAAAUUAAUUUUCUGUUGUUGGAUUCUAUAAAAUAAAAAUACCUCAAGACAUUACUACUAA